GUCGUACUCCCACGGCGAUAACAGUCUUGCGCGUUGUUAGCGAUGGCUAAUAUUGAGACUCAGAUUGCUAUUGACGGUGACGAGACCGACUCGGCCUACAAUGACGAGGACAUCGCGUCCGAUACCACGUCGCUGAAGUCUGCUAUCGUCAACUACAAAUACCGCAACGGUCGUCGAUACCAUGCGUACAAGGAAGGCUCAUACUGGGGUCCGAAUGACGAAACGCAAGCGGAUCAGCUGGAUAUUUUUCACCAUAUCUCCCUCCUCUUGCUGGACGGCGAGUUGAAUAAGGCGCCAAUAUCGAAGAAUCCAACAAAAGUCUUGGAUGUAGGGACUGGCACCGGGAUCUGGGCUAUCGAGUUCGCGGACAAGUUCCCAUCUGCCGAGGUGAUUGGGACCGAUCUCAGCCCCACUCAGCCUUCCCUCGUGCCCCCAAACCUCCGAUUCGAAGUCGACGACUUCACCGAACCAUGGGUGUUCCGCAGGAACAGCUUCGAUUUCAUCCACGCGCGAUGUUUAUACGGCUGCGUCGCCGACUGGUCGGCCUUUUACAAAGAAGCCCUAGACCACCUCCAACCCGGCGGUUAUUUUGAACAACUCGAAAUGUCCGUCUGGGUCAAAUCCGAUGACGGUUCUGUUACGCCCGACUCGAUCUUCGAUCAAUGGGGCAAAAUCUCGCUCACGCUUGGCGAGAAAUUCGGAAAAUCGCUACAGACAGUCGACGAAUCAAAAGCCGGGAUAGAGGCAGCCGGAUUCAUCAACGUCGUAGAGCGCCGUUGGAAGCUCCCUGUUGGUGGCUGGGCGGCAGAUAAGCAGUUCAAGGAGAUUGGCCAGUAUAAUCGGAUACACUGGGAGCAAGGAAUCGAAGGAUGGUGUAUAUAUUUACUAACUUCACUGCUAAAGUGGAGUCUUGAUGAUGUACACGUAUACCUGGCCAAAAUGAGGCAGGCAUUACGGGAUCGCAGCAUUCAUGCCUAUCAGGAAGUGUAGGUAAUGAGACUAGAUUUAGCGGAGUUCGAGCUAACUAGUGGCUAGAUCGUUGGUUUAUGGACAGAAGCCGCCAAGUCCCCGG